GCGAGCCGUACUCAGAGCAUGUCCCAGUGCCGGAAGAUCGUGAAGCGCGUCAUCACCAGCACCUGGUUUGAGUGUUUCGCAAUGGUCAUGAUCAUGCUGCACUCGCUGUUCAUUGGCUUGCAGAUCAAUCAUCUGGCGGUCACCCUGAAUCCAGAUGCUGGCAUCUUCUGGCGUUCCAUCGACUUGGGCUUUGGCACCUUCUUUGGCUUAGAGGUUUGCGUGCGCCUCUACGUCUACCAGCUUCGCUUCUUCACCAUGCAUGGCUGCGCCUGGAACAUCCUUGACUUCGUGGUCUCUGCUCUCCAGAUGUUUGAGGAGAUUGUAGCACUGACGGCUUCCUCCUCCGACUUGGAGAUGGCACAGAGCGGCGUCAUGCGAGUCAUGCGCAUCCUCCGCGGGGUCAAGGUGAUGCGCCUGAUACGCGCCGUGCGCUACGCCGAUGAGCUCCAGUUGGUGGUAAGUUGCCUACUGCUCUCACUACGCACCUUCAUGUGGGCGCUGUCUCUGCUGGUGAUGACGAUCUAUGUCAUGGCCAUCUACGUGACUCAAGCUGUGUACGUCUACCGCUUGGAGAACCCGCCAGGGGAGAGCCCGGCAACAGACCUCGCCAACGAGAGACUGGAGGAGUUCUGGGGAAGAGGCCUCUUGAUCAGCAUGCUCUCGGUCUUCCAAGCGCUGACCGGAGGAGUAGACUGGGGAGAUGUCUGCGCUCCACUCAUCGACUAUAUCUCU